CUGACUCACCGGGGGCCGUUCUGGCCGCGACUCUAUGGCCUUGGAGGACCCCGCUCCUGCAGCCCGGGCCGUGUCCGCCAGGGGGCGCAGCGCGCGGGCGGGGCCGCUCUGUCCUCCCCGUCUCGAUUGUCAAGCGGAAAGCGGAAGGGGCGCGGCCGGAAGUGGGCAGCUGCAGACCUUUGACCCCCCCAGUCCGUGCGCGGCCCCCCCAGACCUGGCCAGCGGGGUCACCCUGGCCCACGUCCUGCACCAAAUUGACCCCUCGUGGUUCGAUGAGGCCUGGCUGGGACGGAUCCGGGGGGACACCGAGGGCAGCGCCCGCCUCAAGGUGAACAACCUGCGCCAGGUGCUGCAGAGCGUGCUGGAGUACUGGCAGGAUGUGCUGGGCCAGGCGGUGGGGGAGCAGCACGUGCCCGACGUGGGGGCGGCCGCCCGGCACGGGGACCCCGAGCAGCUGCGCAGGCUGGUGAGGCUGGUGCUGGGCUGUGCCGUCAGCUGCCAGCGCAGGGAAGAGCACAUCCAGCGCAUCAUGACGCUGGAGGAGUCGGUGCAGCACGAGGUGAUGACGGCCAUCCAGGAGCUCUUGGACCCGGAGCCAUCGGAGCCGAUGGCGGCUGAGACCUACGGGAACUUCGACGCUCAGUCCCGCCGCUAUUAUUACCUGAGCCAGGAGCCCCCCGAGGAGGGGUCGGGGCAGCGCUGCCGGGAGCUGGAGCAGCAGGUGGCCACGCUGCUGGAGGAGAAGGGCCACCUGGCCGCCGAGAACCGCGCCCUGCGCGAGCAGCUGGAGGCCGAGGGCGCGGGCGCCGCCGCCAAGAAGCUGCUGCGGCUGCAGGCGCAGGUGGAGGAGCUGCAGGAGGAGAAUUACAGGCUGGAGAGCGGCCGGGAGGAGCUGCGGGCGCGCUGCUCGCGGCUGGAGCAGGAGGCGCGGGGGCUGCAGGCGCGGGCGCAGGAGCUCAGCGGGCUGGCGGGGGAGGCGCGGGCGCUGCGCGACGAGAUGGACCUGCUCAGGGCGUCGUCAGCCCGUGCUGGGCGCCUGGAGGCGGCGGUGGCCGCGUACCGGGGCCGGGCGGCGGCGGCGGGCGAGCUGCGGCGCUGGGCGCGGGCGCUGGAGGAGCGGCACGCGGCGCAGGUGCGCAGGGCCGCACACCUGCAGCAGCAGCUGGGCCGCGCCCAGGCCGGGUGUGCGCAGCUGGAGGCCGCCCGCAAACAGGUGGAGGAGCUGAGCGGGCAGCAGGCGGAGGCGGCGCUGAGGGCCGAGAAGUGGCACCUGGAGUUCCGGCACCUGCAGGAGCGAUUCGAGGCCCUGAGCCAGGAGAAGGAGAGGCUGCUGGAGGAGCGGGACGCGCUGCGUGAGGCCAACGAGGAGCUGCGCUGUGUGCAGGUGCAGCAGAGCUACCUGAGCCAGGCAGGCGCGGGGCUGGAGGGGGGCCCUGCCCCUCCCCGGAAUUUGGCGGCUGAGAUCCUUCCUGCAGAGCUCAGGGACACGGUGACGCGGCUGCGGCGCGAGAACCGACGGCUGCGGCUGCAGCGGGACCAGCUCCGGCACAGGCUGGAGGCCACAGGGGCAGCCGAGCCUCAGACAGCGCAGGGCGGGCCCCAGGAGGAGUUGGUGCUGCUGGAGGAGACCCCCGAGGACCUGGAUGAGCUGCCAGAGGGAGAGGAGGAGGAGGAGGAGGAGGAGGAAGAGCUGGAGCUCUCCAAGGCUGGAUUUAGGAGUUCCACGAGUUCGCCCCCCCAGAAACCCUCGGGCCCCCCUGGUGACCCCCCUGGGACCCCCCCGUUGGCCCCCGUCCUGCAGCUCCUCCGCAGCCAGCUGCAGGAGAAGGACGCGCUGAUCCGGCACCUGGAGAACGAUUGGGAGCGCAGCCGGGCGCAGCGGGAGCGCGAGGAGCGGCUGCUGGUCACCGCCUGGUACAACAUGGGGCUGGCGCUGCAGCAGCACGAGGGUGACAUGGCGGCGGCGGCGGCCUGGGGUGGCCCCGGUGGUGCUCGCUCCUUCCUGGCCCAGCAGCGCCUGGCCACGGCGGCACGGCGGGCACGGGCCCCUCAUGGCCGGGCCGCCUCCUCCAGCUGAGAGAGAAAACCCCAAACACCCCCGGGCCGCCUCCUCCAGCUGAGAGAACAAACCCCAAACACCCCAGGGCGGGCACGGGCCCCUCACGGCCGGGCCGCCUCCUCCAGCUGAGAGAAUAAACCCCAAACACCCCAUGGCGGGCACGGGCCCCUCACGGCCGGGCCGCCUCCUCCAGCUGAGAGAGAAAACCCCAAACACCCCAGGGCGGGCACGGGCCCCUCACGGCCGGGCCGCCUCCUCCAGCUGAGAGAGAAAACCCCAAACACCCCAGGGCAAGCACAGGCCCCUUACGGCCGGGCCGCCUCCUCCAACUGAGAGAAAACCCCAAACACCCCAGGGCAAGCACAGGCCCCUUACGGCCGGGCCGCCUCCUCCAGCUGAGAGAAUAAACCCCAAACACCCCAGGGCGAGCACGGGCCCCUCACGGCCGGGCCGCCUCCUCCAGCUGAGAGAACAAACCCCAAACACCCCAUGGCAAGCACAGGCCCCUCAUGGCCGGGCCGCCUCCUCCAGCUGAGAGAGAAAUCCCCAAACACCCCAGAUCCCCUCGCUCUGGGCUGGUCCCGCUUCAAACACUACAAACCUGAGCUCCCCGCCUCGUUUUGGGGGGCCUGGACCUUGCCCCCGUGUCUUUUGGGGGAAUUUUAGCACUUCUAUUUUUGUAGCUGAUUUUGGGGGGGUCUUGUGUGUGUCGCCCCCAUAAAAUGUUCUAAUAAAGACUCAGGACUCAG